GAGCCUCGCCUCCCCCUCUCACUUCAAAAUGGCGGCGGCUGUGGAAGACACGGGGUCUGACUGGCCGGGGUUCCCCCUGUGCUGUCCCCACUGGGUUUAGGGGGCUGAGGGCAGCGGCGUGGGGCUGGUGGUGAGUUGUUUUAGUAAGCAGACAUUUGGACAGAAAAAUGACCUCCAUUAUCAAGUUGACUACGCUCUCAGGGGUGCAGGAAGAAUCUGCUCUCUGCUACCUGCUGCAGGUAGACGAGUUUCGUUUUUUAUUGGACUGUGGCUGGGAUGAGAAUUUUUCAAUGGAUAUCAUUGAUUCUCUAAGGAAAUAUGUACACCAAGUUGAUGCAGUGCUACUUUCUCACCCUGAUCCUCUACAUCUUGGUGCUCUCCCGUAUGCAGUUGGAAAAAUGGGUUUAAAUUGUGCUAUUUAUGCAACCAUUCCUGUAUAUAAAAUGGGACAAAUGUUUAUGUAUGAUCUCUAUCAGUCUCGCCACAAUACAGAAGAUUUCACACUCUUUACAUUGGAUGAUGUAGAUGCAGCUUUUGAUAAAAUACAACAGCUCAAGUUCUCGCAGAUUGUGAACUUGAAAGGGAAAGGGCAUGGUCUUUCUAUUACACCACUGCCGGCUGGUCACAUGAUAGGAGGCACAAUUUGGAAGAUUGUCAAAGAUGGAGAAGAAGAAAUUGUUUAUGCUGUUGACUUCAACCACAAGAGGGAGAUCCAUUUAAAUGGAUGUUCUCUGGAAAUGUUGAGCAGGCCUUCGCUGCUUAUCACAGAUUCCUUUAAUGCUACUUACGUACAACCCAGACGGAAGCAAAGAGAUGAACAACUGUUAACCAAUGUCUUGGAGACGUUGCGAGGUGAUGGAAAUGUGUUAAUAGCCGUGGAUACAGCAGGCAGAGUUCUGGAACUUGCCCAACUUCUUGAUCAGAUUUGGAGAACAAAAGAUGCAGGAUUAGGAGUCUACUCUUUAGCACUUUUAAAUAAUGUCAGCUACAAUGUAGUGGAGUUUUCUAAAUCACAGGUUGAGUGGAUGAGUGACAAACUGAUGAGGUGUUUUGAAGACAAGAGAAACAAUCCAUUUCAAUUCCGCCAUCUCUCAUUAUGUCAUGGUCUUUCUGAUCUGGCUCGAGUGCCUAGCCCAAAAGUCGUGCUUGCCAGCCAGCCUGAUUUGGAAUGUGGGUUUUCAAGAGAUCUCUUUAUACAAUGGUGUCAGGAUUCCAAAAACUCUGUAAUUUUAACUUACAGGACCACACCUGGGACGCUAGCACGAUUUCUUAUAGAUAACCCUUCUGAAAAAGUUAUAGAUAUAGAGUUGAGGAAACGUGUAAAACUUGAAGGGAAGGAACUUGAGGAGUACCUAGAAAAGGAGAAACUAAAGAAAGAAGCAGCUAAAAAGUUAGAACAGUCCAAAGAGGCAGAUAUUGAUUCCAGUGAUGAGAGUGAUGUUGAAGAGGAUAUUGAUCAGCCAUCAGUGCAUAAAACUAAGCAUGACUUGAUGAUGAAAGGUGAAGGUAGCCGAAAAGGAAGCUUCUUCAAACAGGCCAAGAAGUCUUAUCCAAUGUUUCCAGCCCCAGAAGAAAGAAUUAAAUGGGAUGAAUAUGGGGAGAUUAUCAAGCCUGAGGAUUUCCUAGUUCCAGAGCUUCAAGCAACUGAAGAAGAAAAGAGUAAAUUAGAAUCUGGUCUGACAAAUGGAGAUGAGCCUAUGGACCAAGAUUUAUCAGAUGUUCCUACCAAAUGUAUUUCAGCAACAGAAUCAAUGGAAAUAAAAGCCAGAGUUACAUACAUAGACUAUGAAGGACGCUCAGAUGGUGACUCCAUUAAAAAAAUCAUUAACCAGAUGAAGCCACGACAGUUGAUCAUUGUCCAUGGUCCACCUGAGGCCAGCCAGGACCUUUCAGAGUCUUGCAGAGCUUUUGGUGGAAAAGAUAUUAAAGUUUAUAUGCCUAAACUGCAUGAAACUGUAGAUGCAACCAGUGAGACUCACAUCUAUCAGGUCAGGUUAAAAGAUUCUCUGGUCAGCUCCCUUCAGUUCUGUAAAGCAAAAGAUGCAGAACUAGCCUGGAUAGAUGGUGUCCUGGACAUGCGGGUUUCAAAAGUGGACACAGGAGUCAUUCUGGAAGAAGGAGAGCUGAGGGAAGAUGGAGAAGACUUGGAAAUGCAAGUGGAUAUGCCUUCUUCUGAGUCCAGUGUUAUUGCACAGCAAAAGGCCAUGAAGAGUUUGUUUGAUGAUGAUGAUAAGGAAGUAUGUGAGGAGAGCGAGAUCAUCCCUACUCUAGAACCACUGCCACCACAUGAGGUUAUUGGACAUCAGUCUGUUUUCAUGAAUGAGCCAAGAUUGUCUGAUUUUAAACAAGUUCUUCUGCGAGAAGGAAUUCAAGCUGAAUUUGUAGGAGGGGUGCUUGUGUGCAACAACCUAGUGGCUGUUCGUAGGACUGAAACAGGGCGCAUUGGAUUGGAAGGCUGUCUUUGCCAGGACUUCUAUAGAAUAAGAGAUCUUUUAUACGAGCAGUAUGCCAUUGUCUAAUGGAGAUGCUGUGAAGAUGAUGUCUUUACUUGAACUUUAAAAGACAGUGAAGAUUUCUACCUUUUUUAUUUUUGUGGGUAUCUUUUUGUAGUUUUCUAAUUUCUACAGAGAAUACUGAUUGUUCAGAAAAGUUCGACAUCAAAAUCCAGUGAACUAACCUAAACAAAUAAUUGCUACCACAGUUCUAUAUAAGACAUCCCUUGGUACAUUCCAUAUUGUUGGCUUUCAAGCUGUUAAAGAAUAUUGUUGCAAAUACAAUUGGUAUGCUAUAAUUGAGAUUGACAGUUUCCUUUAUGAACGUUCUUCCAAGAAGGAUUUUACUGGUCAUAAACAUGCUCUUUGACAUGACAUGGCAUACUAAGUCUCUGCCUAAGAAUGCAAAUAUAUAAAAAGAAUCAGUUUUCCUAUUUUAAAAAUAUAAGAAAGGGUUGUCUUUUUGAUUUUUGUGGGGAGGUUCUUCUACUGAACAAUAGAAGCUUCAGCAAAAAAUUUCUAAGCCACUGAAAAUUGGCUAAGUGCUUAAUAGUGACUUUCCUGCAAUGGUUAAUAUGCACCCUUGUUAAUACUGUAACUGUUUCAUGCUACCGAUUGAUACAGUACAUCAUAAGAUAUUGUGAAAUAAUCUCAAUUUCCUGGGUCAAAAAGCCAGUCCUAAAAUGUUAUAAGGUUAAAUAUAUUUUUAGAAUGUAAUGCAUUCUAAAAUACAGAAUGAUUGGAAAAACAAAGGUUGUCUGAUAAUAUCUGCUAACCACAUGUUUUUGCAUUUUCUAGCUACUGUAUAUGUAUAUAUGGAUAACUUCUAGUUGUUGCAAUCUGUUAGGCCAGUUAUACCUAUCUUUUGUGAAUUUUGAUUUUAAUACUUUCAAGAAAAAAAACAACACCUGCAUUCUGUUACUUAUAAUAAGCAGUGCACAAUGAGGAGAGUUCAGGAAGGUAUUCUGUCCUUACAUCUGAAUUCUUGACUUUGUGAAUUUAUCCGCUUGAUACCAGGUUUCAUAGUACUUGUUUUUCCUAUUGCUGGUAGUGGGAUUACAGCUACUGGUACUAAAAUUUGUUAGAUUUUUAGUUGAAUAUGAACAGCCUUGGGUCACUUACCUUCUUACAUUUCUGAACUGAAAACAGUGAUGGAACACAUGCAGAGCACUGGUCUAUUAAUGGGAAAUUACUUUUUUAUUCUCGACCUUUGGUUUUAAUCAGUGUUUGAAAUGAUUCUUCGUUUAUUACAACGGUGGCUUAAACUUGAGUUCUGCUUUCAUUUGUUUAUUUAAAAAAAAAGCAAACAAAACUUUUAAUGAAAUAUGGGCAAAAACCAGCUCUGUGGGCUGCUGCUGAAGCAAAGAUUAGUUUGCUGUUCAUUCUUGACUAUUAGGCACUGUAUAGCUAUUCUUCAUGUUGCCUGUUUAUACUGUUUAAAAGUUGGAAUAGGAACUUAAAAGAAAACUGGGAUAAGCAUUCAAAAAUUUCCGAUACUAGAUGUAAAAAUAUAAUGCAUUCUAAAAUAUGAUUGAGAGGAAAUAUAUGUAUUUUGAUACACACAAAUGCCUGACUAGAAAUAAUUACAAAAAUGUGGUAAGAAUUUUUUUUUUGUCUUUUUUGUUUUGGUUUGUUUGAUGGGUUUUGUGUUUUUAAGUUUAGCCAACACUUUAGAAAACAUUACUUUCAAUGCAUGUAAACCUAAAUCACUGUUGGAUGGUUGUCAGCAAAUGUCACCUUUAACCAUUGUUCUGAUAGAAGUCUAUUUGCAACAUGACCUAAACAUUCACAUAGGUAAACUGACUCUGGAGCUUUUAUCCUGAGGAGUGAGAGAGAUUACAUCAACAUAUGCUGCUGGAAUUUAUUGUGCAAAUUACUUUUUAAUUCCAUAAUUUUUUGUCAUGAAAAUUUCUUAAAACAAAACAACCUCACUUUAAUAAUUUAUUAAGUUGGCUAUGUAAAUUUGAAAUUAACAUUUACUGUACUUUCUUCUCUAUUCUAUUCUUUGACAGGGUGAGUGUCCUAGUGGUUGGGGGAGAAGCAGUAGAUGGAAAUAUCUUGAUUUUUAAUAAGGCUUUUGACACAGUCUCACACAAAAUACCUAUAAGAAAACUAGGGAAAUGUGGUCUAGAUCAAAUUACUGUAAAGUGGGUGAAUAAUUGGUUGGAAGACCAUACUCCAAGGUAGUUUGCUGUCAAGCAGGGUGACUUAUUUAGUGGUAUCCCACAGGAGUCUGUCCUGAGUCCAGUGCUAGUCAAUAUUUUCAUUAGUGACUUGGAUAAUGGAAUGGAGAGUAUGCUUAUUAAAACUUGCAGGUGACACUGUGCUGGGAGGGGCGCAAGCACUUUGACCAACAAGAUUAGAAUUAAAAAGGACCUUGAUAACUUUGAUCUGAAAUCAGCAAGAUGAAAUUCAAUAAAGACAAGUGCAGAGCACUAUACUUAGAAAGGAAAAAUCAAAUGCACCACUGCAAAAUAGGAAACAGCAGGCUAGGUCGUAGUACUGUAGAAAAGAAUCUGGGGGUUCUAGGAGAUCACAAAUUGUAUAUAAACUAACUGUGAUCCAGGUUCAAAAAAGGCAAACAUCGCUCUGUGGUGUAUUAAAAGAGAGUAAUAUGUAAGACAUGGGAAGUAAUUGUCCAGCUCUGCUCAGCACUGGUGAGUCCUCACCGGGAGUACUAUGUCCAGUUUUGGGCAUCAUAAAAGAUGUGCAUAAAUUGGAGAGUCUAGAGGAGAGUUACAAAAGUGAUAAAAGGUUUAGAAAACCUGAUCUAUGAGAAAAGGUUUAAAAAAAAAAAAACCUGCAUUUUUAAUCUAAAGAUGAGAAGGCUGAGUGGGACCUGAUAUCUUCAACUAUAUUAAGGGCUGUUUUAAAGAGGACUGUGACCAAUUGUUCUCCAUUUCCACGUACGGUAGAGCAAGAAAUAAUCAACUUCAUUUGCAGCUAGGGAGAUUUGGGUUAGAUAUUAGGAAAUCCUUUCUAACUAUAACAAUAGUUAAGCACUGAAACAGAUUACCAAGGGAGGUUGUUGAAUCUCUAUCUCUGGAGGUGAAGAACAGGUCAGGGAUGGUGUUAGGUAUGCUUGGUCCUGCCUCAGUUCAAGGGAUUGGACUAGAUUGGGGUUCUCGAACUAGGGGUUGGGACCCCUCAAGGGGUCGUGAGGUUAUUACAUGGGGGAUGGUGAGCUGUCAGCCUCCACCCCAAACCCUACUUUGCCUGCAGUAUUUAUAAUGGUGUUAAAUAUAUAUUAAAAAGUGUUUUUAAUGUAUAAGGAGGGGGUCACAAUCGGAGGCUUGCACUGUGAAAGGGGUCACCAGUACAAAACUCUGAGAACCCCUGGACUAGAUCAUCUCUCAAGGUCCCUGCCAGUCCUAUAUUUCUAUGAUCCUAUAAUAAUGAGAGGGUGAAUUUAAACUAUCUGUUACUGGAGAUAAAAUCAUGCUCGAUUUUUGAAAUGUGCUUCUAGCUUUAAACAAGGAACCCAACUGUGCCAUUUUUUUAACUGCAAUGCAUUCCUAACCAAAUUACCCCACUUAACAAAUAAAAGUUUUGUGUUUUUUUGCUUUUUUUUUAAAUGCCAGCCCUGCCACUUCCAUGUAAGCUCUGAAUAUCAAGCUGUAUCCUUUCUGGCUCAUGCAUCUUCUGAGGCAAAACUGUGCCCUCGAUUACUUUUGUUAUUAACCCUGUUGUCUUCAUUGGAAGUAACUGAGGGCAGAAUUAGGCUCUGUGCUUAUGAUUCAUCUGUAGUCUUAGGAUUUCUUGGUGGUACAUCACUGGUUCCACAACUGAGACUAGGACAGAAGGUCUGGAGGUACAGCCCUGGCAGCAGAUGAGAGAUCUGCAGUACUUGGGGGCUGAACCCUAGUUUCUUUCUCCUCUCCUUGCUACCACCACUUCAUGGAAUUUGUAGGAAAUACCAUGAAGGAAUUUAAAGUAAGUAGGAUUUUUUUAUGGGAAAGACCCCACCUUUUAAUAUGUAAACAUACUGAAGAUUUCUAUAAUCAUCGGUCCCCAUCACCUAAAUUGAGGUUUACCUUGAAGCUAAAUGACUUUCAUUUGGGUGAAAGGCUCAUUUUUAUGCAUUCUGCUUUACCUCAACUCAAGUACACGCUGCCAAAGUCGAAAAUCUACCCCAUCCCUCCACCCUGCCUUGGCCAAUAUUGAGAAUUGUUUAAAGCAAAAGAUCAGGGAAGGCUUUGAAAAAAAGUAAAUAAGUUUUAACAGAGGGAAGGAGAAUAUGCCGAGUAUUAAACUGGAAUGACAAGGUUCUUAUGAAAACACUUGAGAGUAAUCCUUUGGUAAAGCUAUGCUGGAAACUUGGGAUGUCAGCUACGCCUGAACUAAUUGUAAUUGUAGUGAGACACUUCUUCAUUUGAUAUAAACAAGCAAAGAGACAACCCCUUUGGGUUCCAACUGUCAUAAAAGUUCUACCAUAACUCUUUGCUACUAUGCUGAAUCAAAAUCACUCUGAUGUAGCAUGGCACAAAAAAAGUGUGAAUUUUUCAGUUGGGAAAGGAAGCAUUUUGCCUUUGGAGAACAUUUUAAGGUCAAGCCUCAGAUUGAUUGAUUGAUUUUUUUUAAAAGGCUAGAAACUCGUACAGUACUUUACACUCCAUGGUUGUUACUGAUUU